GGAACCUUGUCGGACAGAAUAUUUGCUCUUACUUCAAACAAGGAAUACAGACUAGAAUAUUCUAACCAUGGCAGUCUGCAAAAUAACACUAUCUGGACAGGGAUUGAGACAUGCCACACUUGUAGGCAGAGUCGUUCUACCAGUUCUCUUCUUUGUCCGAGUGCUGACCCUGGCUCUAGCUGAGAGAUCUGUGUGGGAGCUGGAAUCAUCUCAGUUUAUUUGUAACACUCAGCAACCUGGAUGCAAUGAGGUUUGCUACAAUGCCAUCACUUUUAUAAUCCAUCCACAUUACUGGUUCUUUCAGCUUAUAUUAGUUACUUUCCCUACCAUCAUUUAUAUGGGGACAUCCAUUUCAAAGUCUCAGAGUCCCACUCAAAGCAAUGCCUCAAAGGAAGAAUGGGUACAGCCACAUUUCUCUGUGGAUGUUACAAACACAGCUGGAUCAUGUGAGACGACAAUCUCUCCAUGUUUUUACAUCUUUACUCUUAUAUUCAAGUUGAUUGUGGAGGCUGGAUGUUUACUGGGUCAAUGGUAUCUCAUAGGCUUUCGGAUUUUAGAAACAUUUUUCUGUGCUAAACCUCCCUGUUCUCAUUCAACAGAUUGCUUUGUUCCAAACUCGGGAAAGAAAACAUUCAUAAUCAUAGUUAUGGCAGUACUGACAGGAGUAUCUCUAUUGCUUAUCAUGUUAGAGUUAUUCCUUGUGUUAACAAAGAAAAUGUGCACCAAGUGAGUGUUUGCAUGCCAACACUGUUUAAACAUCAAAAUGAUUAAAAAUAAAUAA